GCUAAAAGAUUUCCUUCAGAACCAUCUUGACCAGCACAAAAAACCAGCACAGCUCAGUAAUUUCGAAAGACAUGUUUUUGAAGCAUCGACUCAAUGUUAUGUUUGCAACAAGCAGCUGCAAGAUGAUAAAGUUGUCGAUCAUUGUCACUUGACUGGGAAAUUCCGAGGAGCUGCGCACAAUCGAUGCAAUCUCAAAAUGCGUUUACCUCAUAGACUUCCAAUCAUAUUUCAUAAUCUGAAAGGUUAUGAUGCUCAUUUACUAAUCAGAGGUCUAAAAACAGAUAAAAUUCAUAAAAUAAAUGUAAUACCGCAAAAUACUGAAAAGUAUAUUGCAAUAAUAAUGGAUGAUUUCAUCUUCUUGGACAGUUAUGCUUUUUUGCUAUCUAGUUUGGACACAUUAGCAAAUAAUUUAUCAACUGAAGAAAAGAAGAAAUUUUUGUGUCAAACCUUUUCCGAGGAUGAUUUACCAUAUAUUCUGAAUAAGGGAUCACUGCCUUAUGAAUACAUGGACUCUUGGGAAAGAUUUGAAGAAGAAAGUUUACCAUCUAUUGAUAAAUUUUUUUCGCAUCUGUCACUAAAAACAAUUGAUAAACAAUUGCACGAUAGAUUGCUCGAUAUAUGGGAGCAUUUUAAUUGUAAAAAUCUUGGGGACUUUCAUGAUAUUUAUCUUAAAGUUGAUGUUUUACUUCUUGCAGCUAUUUUUCAAAACUUUCGUGCGACUAGUUUGAAACAGUUUGGAUUAGAUCCUUGUCACUAUUUCUCAACCCCGGGACUAACAUGGGAUGCCUCCUUGAAGUUCACUGGUGUUGUGUUGGAUCUAUUGACUGAUAUUGACAUGGUUUUAAUGAUUGAGGAGGAAAUAAGGGGAGGAAUAUCUUGCUCUAUGUGCCGUUACGCAUGCGCUAAUAAUGAACUAUCAGAGAAAUUUGAUCCUAAUCAACCAAGCUCUUUUUUAACAUAUCUUGACGUUAACAAUCUCUACGGAUAUGCUCUUAGUGAUGUUCUGCCUUGUCGAAAAUUUGAAUGGGUUCCUCCUUACAUGUUUCAAAGUGUAAUUGAGGAAAUUUUGCAUUCUGAUUCUGACCGAAAAACUGGUUACAUUCUAGAGGUUGAUCUUGACUAUCCGUCAUGUUUACAUGAUCUUCAUAAUGAUUAUCCUUUGGCACCUGAAAGGAUAACUGUUGAAUAUGAACAGUUGAGUGGUUAUCAAAAAGAAAUUGUGAGCUUUUUAGAAGCUGCAGGCAUUAAGCGUUACAAAACUAAGAAACUUGUUCCGAAUUUGAUGAACAAAGAAAAUUAUGUUCUGCAUGAGAAAAAUCUUCGUUUCUACAUUGAGAAAGGUCUAGUUUUGAAAAAGAUUCAUCGCAUUAUUAGUUUUGAGCAAGAAGCUUGGCUCAAACCAUAUAUUGAAAUGUGCACAGAAAAUAGAAAAAAAGCUACAUCAUCAUUCGUUAAAGAUUUUUGGAAACUAAUGGUAAAUUCAUUGUAUGGAAAAAGCAUAGAAGAUAAAAGAAAACAUAGUAAAGUCAUAAUUGCUACGAAUGGAAAACAAGCAUUACAGCAAAUCAGGCAGCCAAUGUUUGAACAAUUUUACAUUCUAGACAAUGAUCUUGCAAUAAUCAAGUUGAGAAAGUUUGAAGUUAUUCUCGACAAACCGAUUUAUUUAGGGUUUACAGUCUUGGAACUAUCAAAGUUACACAUGUACAGACUACAUUAUGAUCAUUUCAAACCUAAAUAUGGAUCUAGAUUGUCUCUCAUCUACACUGACACCGACAGUUUUAUUUAUAAAAUACAAACAAAAGAUUUAUACAAUGACUUGCAAGAAUUCAAUUACCUUAUGGAUUUUUCUGAUUAUCCGCAAGCACACUUUUUGUACAGCAUUGAAAAUAAAAAGAAACUAGGAUAUUUGAAAGAUGAAAUGAAUGGGCAAAUAAUUGAUGAAGUAGUUGCAAUAAAAGCUAAACUUUAUGCUAUCAAAUAUGGUACAAAUAAAAAAAUGACUGCUAAGGGAGUGCAAAAAGCAAUUGUUAAAAGUGGGAUUUCAAUAGAGGAUUAUAAGGCUUGUCUUUUCGAAAAUGUGUUAUUGAAGCAUAAAAACUUUAGGUUACAGAGUAAACAUCAUGCUAUUUCUUCAGUAGAGAUAAAUAAACUAUCUUUUUCUCCACUUGAUGACAAGAGAUACAUUUUGGACGAUGCAGUUAGCACUUUAGCAUACGGGCAUUAUAGAAUUGUAAAAUAAGAAUAUACAAAAGCAAAUCAUGGCUCCAAGUAGCAAAGAAAUUUCACUUUUCUUCAAAAUUCAAGCUACGAAAAUUGAGUUUGAUAAAUUGUUCUUGACUUUGGCAAAGGAAUGGAUACAGCUUACUUUCAUUGAAGGACAAAAAUUGAAACAAAUGAAAAGUUUAUUUCUGGAAUUGCAUCAUGAUGAGCGAUGGUCAGAAAAAACAAAAGCUUAUUUCAAAAGAGUAGCUGCUGAUAUUGGUAAUAGGGAGGUUAUUUUCUUGCACGCAAAGCUGAGAAGAGAAAUAUCAAACGUGUAUAUUUGGUUGGAAAAUUGGAAAAAUUAUGAGAAAAAGAAUCAAAUUUAUAACAGGACGAGAGAAGAACAGCCAUGUAGUAGCGGUCUUGGUAGAAAGAAACGAAAAAACGAGCACUUUAUGCACUAUUUCUUGGAACAAGCCAGAUUAUCUAAAGAAGCGAGAGGAGAAACACUACCCAUGCAAUUAACUACUGAGCAGACGAUUGAAACUGUUGUGGAGUAUCUCUUGACACGAAACAAGUUUAUCUCAUGAUUAAACCAAUACAUUUUUUCUGUAUUUGUAUUUUCUAUUUAAU